AUGGAAAACGAAAUUCAUUCUGGGAAUGCAGAAUUUCUUUUUGUGAGACCCCCCACUAUCACGAAUUUGACACCUUCCUUCUGCAAACUCCAACAAAAGACGCAGAUUCAAGUAUACGGGACAGACUUCAGAGAGGACUCCAUGUGGUGUCGAGUGGGGACUCAAGUCACCGCCGCAAGGACUGCGUCCUCGACGUUGCUGCAUUGCAUCGCCUCAGCAACGCGUGAGGAGCCGAAGGUAUACGUUGAGGUGUCGCUCAACGGAGUCGACUUCACGCAGGACGAGAAGGUGUUAUCCUUCUACGAGGCGCCUGAGGUGCACCGGAUCGAGCCCUCAUGCGGACCCGAGAGCGGGGAGACCCCGGUGACGCUGAUAGGGAGAGGCUUCGAAGCGGACGCGGGGGUGGGUUGCAGGUUCGGAGAAGGCUCGGAGCCGAGCAGGGGGCGAUGGAUAGCUGCCAACAUGAUUAGCUGUACGACGCCACGGCACGACGCCGGGAACGCGACUCUGAGUCUCCAGGUGUUAGGGAGCUGGUUUAGCACGGGGACAAGCUUCUUGUUUCUGCGAGGCUUCGCGGUCUCGCACUUGAAGCCUCGCAGGCUCUUCUCGCAUCAGACGGGCAGCAUCACGGUGUUUGGCCGUGGCUUCGACUAUAAGUCAGAAUACUGGUGCGACUUCCGACAUGAUGAAGCGCAUCCGCAACUGGCAGUCUGGCUGACCUCGACUAAGCUUGCUUGCCUGUCGCCGAGUCAGACGCCAGGGGAAAAGCUGCUGUAUGUCUCUCAAGAUGGCGGCGCGAUGACAUCAGAGCUCGUGCUGGAAGUGAUAGCAGCCCCUGAGAUCACAGAUGUAGUGCCAUCGCUAGGGGUGACCUCCGUUCCUACAAGGCUGGAGGUUGUGGGAUCAGGCUUUCAAGACGGGUUUCUCUGCUGUAUGGGCACGACCGUCUUGCCUUCGUCGGUUGUGUCUGACAGCAAGAUUGAGUGCACAAUUCCUGCCACAGCCGUCCCGGAGGAUCUGACGAUUGGCAUAGGCAUGGAAGAUACUGAGUGCACAGAGCAUCCGAGCGGUCAAGUGCGGAUCAUGGAGGCGUGCUCUCUAGUUUCAGCGUUGCCAGACGUGGGCUCCUCAAGCGGGAGGAACGAAAGCGUCAUUCUGACAGGAAAGGGGUUUGUGAAGGAACAAGAUCGUGAGUGCUGGUUCGGGGCGGCAAAGUCGACGAGCUUGUGGCUCUCGUCAAGCCUCGUGACCUGCGAGCUGCCGCCGCAUCCAGCAGGCUCGGUGGUGAUAUCGCUAUCUAUGCAAGGAGUGAAGUACUGCGAGAGCAGCUUCAACUUCACCUACCUUGGCGAAGCAUCGGUACAAGCUAUCAGGCCAUCGGCUGUUUACGAGACUGGAGGCACUGAGGUCACGCUGUCGGGGCACUUCAUGCACAGGGUCACCUUUGAGUUGCUGGUAGGCGACCAUGCGAUGUCUUGUCAAGUCCAAGACUCGGACCAGGCCACAUGCGUGACCCCCCCCAAGCUCAAGGGAGUCUAUCGCCUGAGACCCUCGGCACACAGCAUGGAAAUCAACCCAGCGUGUGUAGUACGAUACGUGGGCUUACCCUCUGUGUCCAGCAUACAUCCAACGUCAGGCCCCAGCCAGGGAGGGACACGUUUGCUCCUCGAGGGAGAAGACUUCGAGGCUGAGAUGUUGCUGUGUGCGUUUGCAAGAGUGCGAGUGUGGGCAGAGGUACGAUCGAGUACUGUCUGUGAGUGUGUUGCGCCAGCGUCGUCUGAGGGAGGAGGGAGGACGAGCCUUCGCCUUGUGAUACGAGACGUUGAUUACAUAGUUGGAGAGCAAAGCUACAUUUACUACGAGCCACCCCGGAUCGAUGAGAUCAAGCCGUCGGCAGCAAGGGUGGGGCAAGAGGAGAAGAUCACCAUCCUCGGGAGGAAUCUGGACAGGGAGUGUGGGAUCACUCUCGGGUCUCAGCGGGCAGAAGUAAGCGAGUAUGUCUCGUCCACCAUGGUGGUAGUGUUGGUGCCUGGGCGUGCAAGGUCAGCGUGGCAGGGGAACAUGACUGUUGGGAUCAGCAGGAAUGGAGUUGACUGGGACACCCAUGGGUUUGGGUACGAAUGGACUUCGGGGUUUGUGGUGAUGAGGAUAGAGCCUUCAGUCGGGGGCGUGGACGGAGGAGAUUGGAUCAGGGUGGAGGGGUAUGGGUAUGCAAAGGAGGUGGUGAACAUCAACUUUGGUGAUCGUCAGGCCAGGUGUAAUGUGACUUCGGAGUGGGAAGUGAGCUGCCUGUCUCCUCGCGGCGAGGCAGGGCAAGUGUCAGUGUACGGGGAAGGGUCGAGGGAGACAGAGGGGGCGUGGUUUGUGUAUCACCAACGGGUACGGGUCGAAAAGAUCUGGCCGACAUCUGGAUCUGCUCUUGUCCGUACUCAGGUCACAUUGACUUUUAAGCAUUUAAAGGAUGUCACCUGGAUCUCAUGCAAGGUUCAGAAUUCUGCUAUUACGACACUCAUUAUCUCCUCUUCAAGCAUUGUUUGUGAGAUACCUGCGCAACAAGCUCAACAAUUGUCUAUCUCCAUAUUUGAAAGCAAUUUCUUCAUUACAAGCUUUCCAUUCAAACUGUUUGAUUCUUCCACUUUCUUCCAGGUGAAACCGUCGACCUUCUUGGCAAAUCAAGCAUCAAUCAUGACCAUCUUUGGUUCUAACUUUCAAGAGGAAGACUGGACCAAAUGUAUCUUCGGCAUGAACAGAACUUUCCACGCUCUCUUCCUCACAAGUUCCAUGUUGCAAUGUACAGUUCCUGCUCUUUCAGUCGGAAAUUAUAGUGUUGUUUUCAAGAAUUCUUAUCUCAGCGUCCUGAAUUCGUCCGCGAUAAUAAUUGAGAGACCGGUGAAAGUAAGACAUGUACUACCAUCGUUUGGUCCAAUCUCCGAAGCUUUUAUUGUUCGAGUUGUUGGUGAUGGAUUUUCUGCGGAAAAGUCAUAUCAAUGCUUGGUUGGUGAGAGCAAGACAGCAGCAAAGUGGAUCAGUGCUGAGAUGCUCUCCUGCUCAGUUCCUCCCCGGAACCAACCAGCUAAGGUUCCCUUCCUCGUCGCUGCAAGCUCGGAGGGCUUUUAUGUGCCAGGCAUGCUCACUUUCGUCUAUCAAGAUCCCUUCGCACUGUGGCGAGUUGAGCCGAGCCUGGGAUCGAUGCAGGGAGGGAUUCUUGUCACUGUCGUUGGUGGGUUCAAUCUCCAAGUCAAAGGUGUGACAUGUUCGUUCGGCUCCCGCAGAUCCCUCUCGUCCACACUUGUCUCCUCGUCUGAAUUGAUCUGUCAAGUUCCUGCGUGGCCAAGGGCCGUGGAGGUGACGACCAUUCAUUUGUUAGCUCAGGACGUUCCUAUCUCUACUAAGAACCUCUCAUUUCAAUAUUUCCCCGUGCCCCAGCUCCAAUCGGCAGACCCCUCGGCUUCUGUCGCGGGUUGUUCGGUUGUGUUCACUGUGCAUGGCAAAAAUUUCGCAUUCACAAAUCGUAUUCUUUGCAAGGUAGGGGAGGAAGUACUGUCUGCAGUCCUGAACAAGGAUGAUGAAAUCAUUUGCAAUGGUACUUUGUAUGCUAUUGGAAAUCAAAGUUUGUCAAUAUCCAACAACGCAGUAGAAUAUGCUGAAUCGAACUUGACAUUUUUGGUGCAUAGUGAGAUUAAAAUUUCUCACGUCCUUCCUUCAUAUCUGUGGAUGGAUGAACGAAUCAAUAUCACUGUAUAUCUGGAAUCUAGCAUGAUUGACGCUGACUCAGUCUGUGUCAUCGAUGGUCAGAUUUCUGGUAUUCAUAUCAUAUCCUCUCAAGCGAUCACUUGUCUCAGUCCGCGUGUUAACCACACAGAGAUUGAAGUGUAUCUACAAGUCCUCAGAACCCAGGUGAAGUCCAACUCUUUCAAGCUUGCGGUCAUGCCAAGAAUCACAAUACUUGCGCUCUCUCCGUCGCUCGGUGCUGUCACUGGGGGAACGCGGAUUAGCAUCACUGGAAACAACUUCACUGUUGGACCAAGUUUGCAGUGUCAAUUUGGUUCAAUCAGAGUUCCAGGCAUUGCUGUAUCGAGUACAAGAAUCACCUGCACAUCACCAGGUUCAGCAUUACCCAUCGAGAGCAAAGUGCAGGUGGUUGAUUACAUCGGACGAUACGCCUCGAAUGAUUUGGAGUUCAUUUUCCACAAAGUUGUUGAGGUUCAUCGUGUGUUUCCGAUCUUUCUUUCCGCCCAGAUGGAUCAAACAUUCACGAUCUUUGGAUCAAAUUUCUUGAGCGAACUCUAUUUCUCCUUUGAGUAUUCCUCUGUGCUUAAAGGAGUCGUUUUGUCUGACAAACUUGCUGUCUGUAAUGUGACAUUCACAGAAGGGCAGAGUGAACUGUUGAUCUCAACAAACAAACAAGAUUGGAGCCAGACAGGUUUCACUAUCUCAUUUGCUCAACCUUUCAAGAUAUAUUCUAUCAGGCCAUCGUUGGGAUACCCUCAUGAAUAUUUCAUGGUGACAAUCUUUGGUGAAAAUUUCAAUGUCAACAAUUCUUACACCUGCUUCGUACAAAGGAUAGACACGGCUGCUAUGAUGAUAAGUAGCUCAAUGUUGCUGUGCCCUCUCAUUUACGAUAGGAGCGCAAAUCAAAUUCAGAUCUCCGUCUCGAGUGUAAAUCAGACAUCUAUCGGAAACGAGUUGUUUUAUCAAAUUCAGUCUUCUCCUAGAAUCUUCAGCUUUGUUCCAAGCAAGGCUCCUGUGCGAUUGAAUACUCCUAUUACAGUGCAGGGUGAACAAUUUGUUGAUUCCGAAACAAUUCUAUGCAAGAUCGAUGAUUCUGAAUCUCCAGGGUAUUUUGUAAGCACGUCCUUAAUUAUCUGUAUAGCUCGACGAAACUCUCCUGGCAUGUUCACAUUGACGAUUGAUUUCAACGUUUCAUCUACAUCCGAUUCUCCUAUUUUCGUCUUCGAAGAUGCGGCUCAUUCUUAUAAUUAUUCACAAGAUUCGCUUAAACACUUUCGAGACAGGUAUUCAUCGCUGCUCUCUGUCAGGAUUUCUGGAGUGUUCCCAACCAUGGGAUCCACAGAAGGAGGGCAAACACUGACCAUCGCCGGUAGCUUUACCCGCUCGGAUAGUCUAGUAGUUUUCUUCGACGAUUUCAAAGCAAAUCUUGAUUUCGUCUCAUCAACUGCCAUGUCCUGCAGAAACCCAAAACAUCGAGAAGGUCUGGUUUCCAUUCGAGUAUCAUUCGACAAUUUCGAGCCAACCAGAAAGAUUGGCACUUUUAGAUAUCUCCAAGUGUGCCAGAUGCAACUGCUCUCACAACAGAAUGUUUUUGCAGAGAAAGCCCAUGAAAUCUUCGUUUUUGGCAAGUUUUUUGACGAUUCCACUGUCUUCAAGGUGUCGGAGCAACAAGUUAUGUCUGAGAUGGUAUCGUCGACCAUGGCUUCUCUUCACGUACCACCCCUGUCGUACGGCAUGGUCUUGAUCUCCUGUUCAACAGCCAGCCUAGAUUCCAACAUCAAGCUCCCUGUGUAUGUUCGAACUCCUUUGAAGAUCCUGAAAAUUUCACCCACCCAGGCGUUUAUCGGAGAGCCUAUACAGGUGCGGAUGUUGUUGGAUUAUCUGCCGUACGAGGACACGUUCCACUGUCAAUGGGGUACCACCAGGUGCAGGUUCAUCAAAGAGGAUGUUCACCUUGCAACCUGCGCGUGCCCUUUGGCGUCUGCGCCAGGCUCGUAUGAAAUCAGUAUCACCAGCUGGGACUUCCACCUAAUCUCUUCCUCUGUCGCUCAAUUCAAGUACGACAAGUCCCGGUUCCUCGCUGAGCCUUCAAAGUCCUCGACCACAGGCGGUCAGGUUGUGACUAUCAGUGGACUGUUACCUCUUGGACUCCUCUACUGCAAGUUCGAUCAGAACGUCGCUCUGGCCCUGCGCUUGACUGCGAGUCAGAUGUCGUGCCAAACUCCGUCACAUGCACCGGCCCUUGUGAAAUUGGCCGUCUUGUCGGGAGACACAAUCUUAUCCUCCGUUCCUUUCCUGUACCUCAGCGAUCAGUUCGUGAUUUCGCUCUUGCCGUCGUUGGGUCCCUCCCAAGGUCAAACGCCCAUCAGUGUCAUCGGCAGCCUUUUCAACCCUGACAUCCAUUACUCGUGCGUUUUCACAUCCCAGAGAGAUUCAGAUUUGAUCACCAGCAGCGAAGCAUCGAAUCAUGUGGCUGCAUACCCGCAAACUUCUACGUUGAUUGUUUGCAAUAGUCCUCCUCAUCAGACUCAGGCAGUCUUCGUGUAUCUUUCGGGUUCUGAACGAGUGAUUCAACAAGACAACAUGUUCAUUUUCUAUGAUGCAGAGAUAUCUUCUCUGCGUCCUACAUUAGUGAAGGAGCACGGGGGAACAAGGAUCUCAGUUCAAGGGGGCGAUUUUCCUGAGGCUCUCUCACUGAUGUGUAAGUUCUCAGACACCUUGGUCAGCGCUACUUGGAUUUCGAUCUCGAUGCUUGUCUGCGACAGCCCUGCUCUAAGUGAGGGUAGCAAGCAGCUGUUCGUCACUAUCAACGGGCUUGACUUCAUCUCAGCUUCAUCUCAGAUCGCAACGUUCAAGGACCCAACCCUCCUCGCAUGCUCUUUGACAACUUUUGCUGACGGCUCAGCCUCGGUUGCCGUUGUCGGGCGAUUUUUCACCGAGUCCAUGUUUUGCAAGCUAGGAGAAUACGUCUCUACCUUGUCGGAAUUCGUCUCCUCCUCUUCGGUACUGUGUGGUCUUCCCGCUGCAGUCAUUGGUGACAGAGCGAACGCAUCGCUUCAGUUGUCAGGCAACGGAGUUGACUUCAGCAGCGGCUGUCCCCUGAAACUCAAUGCAACGAGCAACAACGAGAGCUGGCAGCACAGGUGGCUUCUGAGCAUGGAUACAAAGGGCACCGUAGGUACACCAUCUGUACAGGAUUUCAGACGGUUGAUCUCUGACGUCUUUAAGUAUGAGCAACAACAAGACGAGUGUCAGGAGUCUCCAACAAGACUGUCCUUGAUGUUCGACCUUGUAAACCCUCUCACAGGAAAUGAUUCAGCUGUUCUUUGCGAUCCCUUCAGUGCCUCUCUGAUGACUGCAAACCCUCCAGUCAGUUUACACUUGGCACUUGCCAACGUAAGAGCUGUCGACUCGAUCUCCCAAACUCCUUGUGCAUCAGUACAACUUUCACAAGAGCAAGUCGCCGUCACAGGAGCGUUGAGUGUUUCGUCUCAGAAAUGGAUAUCUGCCGUCAACUCUGACGUCGAACAUGGAGAGGUAUCAUUCUGGAUGGCACAAAGUGCACACCAAGUAGAGCAGCGCAACGGCACGAUCUGA